AUGUCAGAUUUUAAAUAUAAGAACAAAAACAUGAUUAGCACUGACAGUGACAUGUACACCUUUUACAUCUUGGUUGUAAACAACAUCUCCGGAGAGACCAGUAUCGGUGAAGAUGGAGUACACCCGUUUACUGCCGAAGACAUCUUGUUAAAGAGCAUAGACAACUUCCUUAAAAUCUACUUUUCUAUGCUCUUGAUGAUUCUGGGAACUGUGUUCAACAUUUUAUCUGUUGUAGUCUUACAAAGAGCAGCUUUUAAACGAACAGCUACUUCUGUAUUCCUUCAGUAUUUAGCGGUUAUUGAUGUGUUAGUCUUGUACAAUGGCCUCAGUCGUCAAUUCAUUGAAGGCGUCUUACAUUACAACAUUAGGUUCUUAAAUGAACAUCUCUGUAGGUUUCAUGUGUGGACCACCUCGUUCGCUCCCGAUAUCAGUGUCUGGACAUUGGUUGCCGUAACAAUUGAACGUUUGAUAGCAGUCGCUUGGCCACACAAAGUCAAGAUUUUUUGCACGAAGACAGCGGCUAGAGUGACUAUGAUUGUCAUUUGUAUUGUGGCUAUGUGUUCCAAUUUACCGCGGCUUCUCUUCUUCGGCGAUAGACAGGAAAUAAACGAGACAAGAAACAUCACCGUCAUUAGCAAAUGUAUUAUUCUUCAACAAACCGUGUUCUUUGUUGAAGUGUGGUACUGGAUCGACAACACAAAAUUUCUCAUAGUGCCCAGUGCUAUACUCCUGUCCUGCAGUACUGGCAUCAUAUGUCUAGUCAUUAGAAGUCGACAGCGAGUCAACAGGAGGCACGUUAAACACUUAGGGAAUGAUGAAGAGAAGCACACAGCUACUAGUUGUAGUGUGGAUACAGCAGUUUCUAUACCUACACAAACAGGCAAGUUCCUACAACACGGCAGUAUGCAUCCCGAAAAGAACAAACAUGCUGUGACAAUUGCAAGGAGGGACAUUUCUGUAGCUAUCACACUGGUUGUGGUCAACACUGUGUUCCUGGUUUCGAACCUGCCUGUGAAUGUUUACUUCUUAGGGCACCUCGACCUGUUUCACUGCGACGAUUGCCCGGCCCAACGUCUGAUGUUUACCUUGGUCCUAAUGACCAUGUAUACCAGCAACGCUACCAACUUCCUCUUGUACUGCGCCACGGGGUCAAGGUUCAGAGCCGAACUCUGCCUCAUGUUUGCGUCCCUGUUUAAGAUAAAAGACAUCUGA